AUGACUACAAUGCCAAGCGUAAAUGAUGAAUUUUUGACCUUAGAAGCCUUGGAGGAAGCUGCACAGGCUGCUGCCAAGGCUCAAGGUUUUGCAUUUUCAAGAUGUAAAACUACUACUAUUAGAAAACAAUCAUCUAUGGUAUGGGUUGUCACAAAGGUUGAAUAUGUUCAUAAUCAUUCAUUACUUUUGUCAGAUGAAGUAUUAAGCUUUCCUCAACAUCGAAAAUUGAAUAUUAACCAAAAAAAACUUCUGAAUGAAUUACAUAUUAUUGGCACACCUACACAUAUUAUUACUACUGCUAUUAACCAGUUUAGUAAUGGUGGUGUCAUUGUGCCAAAGGAUGUUGUAAAUCAACGUGCACGAAUUAGGUAUGUACUUAAUGAGGGUCCUAAUGCUGAUUCAGCUCAGAAACUUUUACGUCUUUUACAACAAUGUGAUUAUAUAAUAGAACUUUUAAAAACACAACAUGGAUACUUAACAUAUUUGUUUUUUUCUCAUAUUGAAGCUGCAAAGCAUACAGUGAAGUGUCCUGAAGUUUUAAUCAUUGAUUCUACGUAUAAAACGAAUGUAUACAAAUAUCCACUUGUAACCACAAUGGAAAAUGAAAAUGAAGAGUCCUAUAAAUGGGUUUUAAAAACACUUCGUAAUAGGGUAUAUAAUAUCUAUAGUUGUCUUCCAAGUGUGUUCAUGUUAGAUAGAGACAAAGCACUCUGUAAUGCUUCUAAAAAAAUUUUUCCAGAAGCAGAUAAAAUGUUAUGUACUUGGCAUUUGGUAGAGCAAAAUCUCAAAACAAAUUGUCAUAAGCUCUUUGAGAAUGAUGAUGAUUAUUUAGAGUUUAAAAAAGCAGUUGAGACAUUACAAUUGGCAUUUGAUAAAGAACAUAUAAAAGUAGCGAUAAAGUCCAUUACUAAUACUGCAAAAAAAGCAUAUGAUUCAAAAAAGCCUGUGAUAUAUGUUAAAACUUUAAUGGAAGAUUCUAAAUUAUGGAUCUAUGCAUUUACAAAAAACUACUAUCACAUGGGUAUUUUGACUACCACACAUGCAGAAUCAUCGCAUAGUGCUUUCAAAUGUGCAAUAGAAACAGCGAGUGGACUAGAAACUGUUGCAUGUAAUCCAUUCACCCUACAUGAUCCUCGUUUUAGUAUGAUUAUUGGUUAUAUAUCAAUAUAUGCAAUUGACAAAAUAAAAAGAACAUUAGCCACAAUAGAAGUAAACUCAUUAAUAUAUAAAGAUACAGAAACUUGUCAAUGCUCAAUAAGGAUCAAUUAUAAACUUCUAUGCCAUCAUAUGAUUUCUAAGGAGGGUUUGUCAACAAAUGAUCCAGAAUUUUAUAAAAUAUUUCUUAAAGCUGAAGAAAUAUUUCACCAACUUCCAGAUGACACUUCUAUGAGGGCAGAGCUUAUAGCUCAUAUUGACCAAGUGAUUACAAUGCCCCUUUUUGAGCCUGUUAAGGCACCAAAUAUUUCUGUUUCAAAAGGUCGUCCUUUAAAAACCAAACGUGAAAAACUAAUGAGUGAAAGACAAGACCUAAAUGCAAAAAAAAAGAAAAAGUUGUUAUAUAAUUCUCAAUCUGAACUAAAUAAGGCCAAUAGUUUAUACUCUUCUCCUAUUGUGAAUUGUCAAAAUAUUAAUUACUAUAAAGAUAGUAUACCAAAUUUCAUGCAUGAGUAUAUAUUAAGUUAUACAAAUGUUAAUAGGGAUGAAAAUUGUAAUUUUCACGCAAUUGCUAUGUCACUUGAAAUGUCCGAAGAUGAGUGGCCAACUAUAAGACAUAUGAUUUUCAAUGAGUUAGUUAAUAGAAAAAACCAUUACAUUAGGCUGUUUCUUGAAGGUGAAACAGAAUUCAAUAGUGUUAUUUCUAUUGUACAAUGGGAAAAAGGACCUUGUGAAAUCGAUUAUUAG